AUGGCAGCGGACUGGCGAGAACAAGCGGAACUUCAGAAAGCCAACAACAAGAAAGCACCCGCGGAGUCCUCUGAGAAACCAUUGGCAACAAUACCACCACCUUCAUUGGGAUAUCUCAGACGAGUGUCUUCUCCACCACCUCAAGACUCUGCCUCUGUCGCGCUGAUUCGUCAAGACCUCGUAAAAGCCCAGCAGGAGCGAGCAGAUCUCCAGGCUCGUCUCGAAAAAGCAAGCCAGGAUCUAGACUCUCUUAAAACAAAAGCUCGACAGGAUACCAAGAGACUUGCCCAAGCUACUGCCAACGUGAAUCAAUUGACUCUGAAGCUCCGAGACAGAGAUGAGGAGCUCAAGGGGAAGACGAAGUUGGUAGAGAAUGUGCAGGACGAGAACGUCACUCUGACCUUGCAGCUCAACCUUGCGGAACAACAGCAAGAAAAGCUAAAGAAGGAGAAUAAGGAACUCGUCGACCGAUGGAUGGCGAAAAAGGGCAAAGAAGCCGAUCGGAUGAAUGACGAAAGCAAAUUCCGGUGA